AACUACGCAGAAGCAGACUAAGACAGUGUUCUCUGUGAGCACAUUGCACAUCGUUUAGCUUAGUCUUCUCCUUUUUGUUGAUUUCAGCGAUCCUAAAGUCCACAGCAUCGUGGAGAGAGCUGUGAGGAGCAUUCUGGGCGAGCAGUCCAAUGAGCCCCGUAGCAACCUGCUCAGCCCAUCUCAGGUGGUGGUGGAGGUGGUGCCCAGGCUUCUCCUGGCCCUGUGGCUUAAGCCUGAGGAAGGCCAUUCAGAGCACCCAAUCCUAAUAAGCGGGAUGGCCGUGGGUAUGGUGGCGGCCGUAGAGGAGAAGCUCUCCUGCAUGCUAAAGGACCCUUCCCCUCACAUCCCUUUCUCCCGGGCUGCUGCUUUUGACUCUGUGCGGUCGAUCCUCGGGAGAAUCAGUCAGUCCUUCUCCACGGAUGACCUCCAGAGCCCUUUUUAUAUGAGCUCGGUCUGUGCCUUUGUGGCGGACGAGGUGCAGAGCUGCUUCCAGCCCCCUGCAGCCACCCUACCAGUCCCCCCUGUCCUCACGGUGGCCGUCUCCACCACACUACCAGCUGACAUUCAAGCAGACCCGACUUCAUCUCACCUGGAGGUUGUGAACACCACCGUUAACACAGAGGCAGACCAGGCUUCUUCCCACCUGGAGGUUGUGUACAUCACCCCUAAGACAGAGGCAGACCCAGCUUCUUCCCACCUGGAGGUUGUGUACAUCACCCCUAAGACAGAGGCAGACCCGGCUUCUUCCCACUUGGAGGUUGUGUACAUCACCCCUAAGACAGAGGCAGACCAGGCUUCUUCCCACCUGGAGGUUGUGGACACCACCGUUAACACAGAGUCAGACCCGGCUUCUUCCCACCUGGAGGUUGUGUACACCACCCCAAAGACAGAGGCAGACCCGGCUUGUUCCCACCUGGAGGUAGUGGACAUCACCCCAAAGACAGAGGCAGACCCGGCUUGUUCCCACCUGGAGGUUGUGGACAUCACCCCAAAAACAGAGGCAGACCAGGCUUGUUCCCACCUGGAGGUUGUGGACAUCACCACUGACACAGAGGCAGAUCCGGCUUCUUCCCACCUGGAGGUUGUGUACAUCGCCACUAACAAAGAGGCAGAUCCGGUUUCUUCCCACCUGGAGGUUGUGGACAUCACCCCUAAUACAGAGGCAGAGCCCAUCUCUUCCCUCUUGGAGGUUGUGGACGUCACACCUAAUGAAAGGACUCUCACGAUGGCUGUCUUCGCCACUCUGCCAGCUGACAUCCAAGCAGAGGAUGUUGCUGUGGUCAUCCCGGAUGUCACCCCACACGUCACCAAGGACGUGACACAGGAUGUUCCAUGCAGAGCUAGGAAAAGGGCAGUCCGGCGAUUAUUUUGCAGGCUUUGGAAGGCAGUGUGCUGCUGCGCCUGCCACAAGGAAGAGGAGGAACAAUAUUAAUUAUUCAUCAGACAUUCAGAAAUGGGAUUGAACCAUAGACCAUUAAAUUAUUUGCAUUAUGAUUGGAUUCAAUUCUGCUUUUCUUCUGUUUAUUACUUAAUAUCAGAACAUUUCUAUAAACUUUCACUUUGAAAGUGUGGAGUAGGUUGUGUAAAUAAGUGGGAAACAUCCCAAUUUUAAUGCUUUUAAAAAUGUACUUUGUACAUUUAAGAAAAAUGUAUUAUUUGACAACAAAAAAAAACAGAGGGCGCUCAACCAACGUUGAGUUGAGGUGCAACCAAAAAUUUGAAUCAUUAUAGAAAAGGAAAAAGCGCAACUCUUGCUCACUAUUUAAAAAAAGCAUUGUUUUAUUCAGGCAAGGUUAAAAGAUUAACGUUUCGGCCUAGUUUAUGACCAUAUGCAAGUUGUGUUUGCCCAGUAAAAAGGUGACCCAGAUUCACCCUGGUUCUUGAGGGUUGAAGACAGUGAAAAAUGAUCAUUAAGUAAAUGGGACUUUUCAAUUCUUGAAUAAAAUUAUUUAAUGAACAUGAAUUUAAAUACAAUUGACUUGAGGAUCAGAGCAGGCAGGCUGACUGGCUAGCCCUGAAGGCCCUCUGCCUCUACCUCUGUGUGGUUCAUCUCAACCAAGAGGUUGACUGGGUUGUCUUUCUCUCUGUGGGUGUGAAUCACUAUGACCUCUCCCUCUGCCUGCCAUUUGGCUGAUCAGAAGCCUUCUGCUCUUUCUUGCUCACAUGAACAGGAGGAAUGGCCUCUGGGGUAACCUCCUCCUCUAUCUAACGCCUCUUCCACCUCCUCUUUCUGACUGUGUUCGACUGAGGUCACUCGUUCUCUCUCCCUGGGUGUUGGAUAGUUCCUCCUCCUCUGUGUCUUUGUGAGUUUGGAGGGAGUUAUCCUGUUCCGGCUCCCUCUAAGGGUGUGCACUCUCUUUCGUUGUGUUGAGGGGUUCAGUGGUUUUGGAGGGAGUCUGAAGUUCGAUCUCUAGCGAUGAGUGUGGGGGCUGUCCCGUGGUGCUGUCCCCCUCCCUCCUAAGGAGGAGCCACUGAGACAUGUGAUGAGACCAAGGAAGAUCACUCUGCAAGGACGGGAUAGGACACAUCACAACACUGCUGCUCAUUCAUAUUCAAACACACCUCAGAGUACGGACACAAACAUGGACGCCAACCGCCCCAAAACACACACAAUGAACUUACCUGUACAUAUCAGAAUCAUACAUUCGACAGCCACCACUUCCCCCACAUGUAUUGAUCCCCUACCUCAAACAUGUUGAGUCAAUUCCAGGGCCUAGUAUGUAAUGAUGUGAUACCAUGUGCACCCCAUAUCCUGUGU